AUGCAGAGUGUGAACUUCCAGCCACGCCACCUCAGCACAUCUCACACCCCAUUCAACAACUCCUUCUCAAGGCCGUCCCCGCCCCCUCUCCCAAGAUCGGACCAAAAGGAAUUCGAGGAUUUACAACGUCGAGUCAAUGCUCCCGCAUCCCAACAAGCCCAGCAGGACCUCGAAGCUCAAGCUGAACUCGCGCAAACGGUCACGGGCACAGAGGAGGACUUGACGAUGCAUCCUGAUUAUCGGAAGACACCGGAACCGACGUUCCAAGGCGAUACCAACCCCGAGACGGGCGAGGUUGGUGGGCCUAAGCGAGAACCUUUGGUCCAUGGUCAGUAGAUGCAAGGUGCUCGAGUGUGCCUACACUUCAUCACUAACACGUUCACUUCUUUUCGUACCUCAGGCGAUUGGUCGUAUGGAGGCCGUGCGACCGACUUCUGA